AUGUCUUCUCAGGGGGCUCUCAAAGGAAAGCUAGCCAUUGUUACUGGUAGCGGAAAAGUAAACGGGAUUGGUUUUGCUGUUGCAACUGCGCUAGGUGAACUUGGUGCAGACAUCGUCCUUCAUUACAACACCAACAAGGAGUCUGCCCUUAAGAACGUAAAGACACUCGAGUCGCUCCAUGUCAAAGCCAUCGCUGUUCAAGGGGAUGCAUCCGGCACUACGUUUGGGAAGGACAUUAUUUCCGCGACUACUGCCGCAUUUCCUGGCCGAAACAUCGACAUUAUCGUCAACAACUCUGGCAUAGGCAUCUUCCAUCCUGAUACCACAUCGAUUCCGGUCGAAGACUUUGACACUCUUUUCCAAGCCAACGCUCGCGGGCCAUUCUUACUUGUCCAAGCUGCAUUGCCCCAUUUAUCGUCACCGGGAGGAAGGAUAAUCAACAUCAGCAGUGUCGUAGCCCGGAGCGGCAGUCAGUUUGCGGCCUUGUAUGCAGGGUCCAAGGCGGCUCUGAGUGCGAUGGCGCUUGGAUGGGCCGAAGAGCUCGGCAGUAAAGGCAUCACAGUCAACACCAUUGUGCCAGGCCCCAUUGACACCGAUCUGGCGCCUCCAGAGGAGCAUCCCCUAGUGCAGAAGUUCCGCGUCGAACAGAGCAUUAAGAGGAAUGGAACAGUUAAAGAGGUGGCUGACGUGGUAGCUUUCAUCGCCAGUCCAGCAAGUUCAUUUGUGACUGGGCAAGACUUGUCAGUCGAUGGAGGGCUGGCAUACGUUUAG